GAAAUCCCGCGAGUAUCAGCUGAGGUGGCCGAAAGGAGGGGGGAACGUUUCUUCUGGAGGCGGUCUCCCGGAGGGGAAACGGACCGGAAGUGACGUGAGCUAGUCCCGGUUGGCCGGAGCCCUGCGGCGGGUGAGAGAGUCAGUCGCGAGCCGCUUCCAGGAUCCGAGACCCGGAGAUCCGGAGAAGCCGGAGUCAGAGCGGGUAGCUCCUCAAGAGUUAUUGAUCUAUGAAAUGGCAGAGAAUGGAAAAAAUUGUGACCAGAGACGUGUAGCAAUGAACAAGGAACAAUAUAAUGGAAACUUCACAGAUCCCUCGUCAGUGAAUGAAAAGAAGAGGAGGGAUCGGGAAGAAAGGCAGAAUAUUGUCCUGUGGAGACAGCCACUCGUUACCUUGCAGUAUUUUUCUCUGGAAAUCCUAGUAAUCUUGAAGGAAUGGACCUCAAGAUUAUGGCAUCGUCAAAGCGUUGUGAUGUCUUUUUUACUGCUGCUUGCUGUGCUUAUAGCUACGUAUUAUGUUGAAGGAGCACAUCAACAGUAUGUGCAACGUAUAGAGAAACAGUUUCUUUUGUAUGCCUACUGGAUAGGCUUAGGAAUUUUGUCUUCUGUUGGGCUUGGAACAGGGCUGCAUACCUUUCUGCUUUAUCUGGGUCCACAUAUAGCUUCAGUUACAUUAGCUGCUUAUGAAUGCAAUUCAGUUAAUUUCCCUGAACCACCCUAUCCUGAUCAGAUUAUUUGUCCAGAUGAAGAGGGCACUGAAGGAACCAUUUCUUUAUGGAGCAUCAUCUCAAAAGUUAGGAUUGAGGCCUGCAUGUGGGGUAUCGGUACAGCGAUCGGAGAGCUGCCUCCAUAUUUCAUGGCCAGGGCAGCUCGCCUCUCAGGUGCUGAACCAGAUGAUGAAGACUAUCAGGAAUUUGAAGAGAUGCUGGAACAUGCAGAGACUGCACAAGACUUCGCCUCCCGGGCUAAACUGGCAGUUCAAAACCUAGUACAGAAGGUUGGAUUUUUUGGAAUUUUGGCCUGUGCUUCUAUUCCAAAUCCUCUGUUUGAUCUGGCUGGAAUAACAUGUGGACACUUUCUUGUACCUUUUUGGACUUUCUUUGGUGCAACCCUGAUUGGAAAAGCAAUAAUUAAAAUGCAUAUCCAGAAAAUCUUCGUUAUCAUAACAUUCAGCAAACACAUAGUGGAGCAGAUGGUGGCUUUCAUUGGUGCUGUCCCUGGCAUAGGUCCAUCUCUGCAGAAGCCAUUCCAGGAAUACCUGGAGGCCCAGCGUCAGAAGCUUCACCACAAAAGCGAAACGGGCGCGCCGCAGGGAGAAAACUGGUUGUCCUGGAUGUUUGAGAAGUUGGUUGUUGUAAUGGUGUGUUACUUCAUCCUGUCCAUCAUUAACUCCAUGGCACAAAGUUAUGCCAAACGAAUCCAGCAGCGGUUGAACUCAGAGGAGAAAACUAAAUAAGCAGAAAAGUUUUAACUGCAAAAAUUUAAAUGGACGGGUUCUGCCUUAAAUUGGGAGGACUCCAAACCAGGAAGGAAAAUUCCCUUUUCCAACCUGUAUCAAUUUUAAUUUUUUUUUUUUCCCCCUGAAAGCAGUUUAGUCCAUAUCUUGCACUGACAUACUCUUCCUUUGUUAAGGUAAGGUAUCCACCGUCAAUUCAAUCCAAAUUGUAUUUUAUUAGGGUGGAAUGUGAUAUUAAGCAGCAAACUUAACAAAGACUGGCCUUCUAUUUGUUACUUUCAAAGGCCCACAUGGUACAAUUAAAGAAUUCCGGACACCAAAAAAAAAAAUGGUUCCUAAGUAUGUCAAAUAUGUCAAGCUUUUUAGGCUUGUCACAAAUGACUUCUUUGUUUUUCUAAGUCAUCAAAAGUGUAUAUAAAUUAUACUAGAUUGGAUAACAGUCUUGCAUGUCUAUCAUGGUAAAAUUUAAUAUGCUAUCCUGCCCAACCCUUCCUCUCUCACCUUUGAAAAAAGGCCAUUUUAUGAUGCAUUGCACACCCUCUUGGGAACUGAUCUUUCAAUUUUGAGACAGUAUAAGGAAAAUCUUGUUGGUGUCUCGCAAAUGAGCUGACACCAUUUUUUAUUCUGUAUAUUUAGAAUGAAGUCAUGAAAAAACUUUAUAAAGACAUCUUUGAUCAUUCCAAAAUUGUGUCCGUUUUCUUGAGCGUUUUGAUAUUUUUACUUCCUUUUAUCUUCUACCAACUAAAUGCAACCUUGCCAUAUCCACCUACAACCGCAGUUUCUUAAGCCUUCAUUUAUUUGCAUGAAAGGGCCACCACCAAAGCAUUUUUUGUUGGGCUGGAAUUGGGCAGCUGGCUACACACUGCUGAAAUGGCACCUUAGGGACUGGUAUAUCAAGGGGACUUCUUGGCUUGUGAAAACAGGAGGGAUGACAGUAUACAAAUCAAAGGACAUGGAGAGAAAAAUGACUCAUUUUU